UCCAGCCAGCACGGUUGUAGUCGAAAUGCAACUCCAACAGCCCCACUCAGCACGGCACGGCUCAGCCGCGUUUGUAGUGGAAAAGCGGCAUUGGACUUGGACUGAAGGAGUUUGUGGAAGCAACAGGUUUUAUCAAGGGGGAGGGGGUUCCGUGACGGACACCGUUUGUUUAACCUUACUCGUCGUUUUUAUCUCUUCCUCAUUUUGGCGGAUUAACUUCGGUUGACGAUUUGGUUACAACACCGGUUUUCAAAGUCACCGACACCGCGGACUUUUGGAGAAGUGGUUUUAUCAUCAGACCACCAAGAAAGCAAGCAAGUUAAAUCCUCGGCGAAGCGGAGACCGUUGUCCUGGAGGAAGGAGUUUUUCUUGGCUGCCUUCCACACUGCAUCCCUUAGCCGACGGGAGAUGAACCGGAGGAUGAUGCCACGCGGCUUCGAAUCAGUGCGCUUGUUUUUCCCCAGUCUGUGAGCAACAUCUAUAGCAUCUGCUAGUUUUUCUUUCUCUGAAGGAAGCGUUUCUUGACAAAUGUUGGUUACCUCAUCCAUUAUGUUUUCCUUAACAUUUUCCUUCUCAGGCUCCGGCACACCGUACAGUAUCAGGUUCCAACGUCGCCCAUACCGCUCCAGAUUUGACACCCGGUUCCUGCAGUCCUUUCCCGCCACUUCAUAGUCUUCUACACGCUUUUCGAUGCUGUUCACUUUUUCGUUCAGAGUUUGCAUGUCCAUGUGCACCGCCUCCAGCAUUUUUUCAAGUGCAUCACUUCUUGAGUUGAUCAGCUUUGCCAGGGCACGGACCGAGUCAUCAGAAAUCACUUUGUCCAAGCUUACAUUAUCUUUCCUGACCUGUUCACGAGCUGGCUUUUUUGCAAGAGGAGGCUUACUUGGUGUGGCAGGCAACUCAGGAAAUUCAUGCCGGUCGUCCACACGUAAAUCCUGGCCAUCGUAGCUGUGGUCGUUGAAGAUUCCAUUCAUGCUGCAUAAGAUUACACAUACGGAAUGGCAGAAAGGUCAAUUGUCCUUUUGAAGGAUGUUCAAAAUAUUUUAGUGAGGACAUCAUUUGCCACACACAUAUCAAGAAAACAUAGGCAGUCAUUUGAAGCACAGCCACCACAAGAUACUCACAUCCAAGUUGAAGACAUCCAAGCCCAAGAUUAUCGUGAGAUAAUUAGUGAGCUACCGACAACUGCAACAAAGCUAUUGAUUGAGACAGACAUGACACUGCCAUCCACACCGAGACUGAUAAUGCUUGGGAACACAUUUCUCUCUGUGACAAAGUGGAUGGUGAGCAUUGACGGAAGGGUGGCCUAUGUUUUAGAGGAGCACCUGGGCUUUGCAGAUGCCUUGUCUGUCUUUUUUGGAUGUUUCUAUGUCUUUAACAUAGAAUAUCAGGAGCCUGCUUGUGCAACAUUGGAACUCAUACAACGAUUCUUCAUGAGGAUCAAUCCAGAAGAAGGGACAAAAUGCACCUCAAAAACAGGGAAACUGCAUGACUCCAGGGGAAGAUAUAGGGAAGAGGAAAGUCCAACUAUUACAGAUUACAGGACCCAACAUCCUUUGACGAUGAGGAGUUUUGGGAAAGAAUGUCCUCAAAAAAGAACAAAGUGACUGGCUUGAACCAAUUUGGGAGGUUAUCAAAGAUAACAACCUUGGUUUUGGUGCUUCCUCAUUCAAAUGCUGAUGCCGAGAGGGUAUUUUCAAUGGUCAGUCUGAACAAAACCUCAACCCGAAACAGCUUGUCUCUGGACGGGACAUUGGCCUCUAUCAUGACCCUGAAAAUGGCUGGACUUGAGCCGAACUGUUUUAAGUGGGAGCCAACAACACAAAUGAUGAAGGACUCCAAAAAGGCAGCAAACACUUACAAUAAACAACACCAGUCAUAAUCUCUCUCUCUGCUCUCUCACACACACAUACACUAAUUCAAUACACGGAAAUUGAAUGAAGACUUUGUAUUUGGUUGAAUUGUCAGUGCCGGGUGUUAUCCUUUCUUCUCCAAGUCUGAGCAGUUAUUAAUAACACCACUAAUAAAAAUAUUAUUAAUGAAAGACCCCCAUUCCCGUGACACCGUUGGGGUGUGUGUGUCACUCUUGCCUGCAUUCAAAACUUGAGAGCCCUGAGUGGUGAAGAGGAAGGCAGAAGCCAUUAACAGUAGAGUGGUCUCCUUCCUUCGCCAGCUGACAGAGUUUGAGUGGAAGAACUUGGGCUAGGUGGGUUAAAAAGAGCAAGAGACAGCUCUCUGCUUCCUGCAGCCUCUGCCUGUUACUUUGUUUUAUUGUUAAUUGUGUUUUAUUGCAUUGAAAGUUGUAUCUGUUCAGAUUUCUGUUUCAGACUUGGUUAACACUUUUUCAAUGUUUGGUUAAUGUAUGAUUCAGACAUUCAUUCCCAGAGGAUUUAUGUCCUACUGAUUUGGCACUCAUGAGAUUCAUGAGGUUUACAUUUAUGGUUUUACAUUAAAUUUCUCAACUAUUGGAUUGAUUGCAAUUAAAGUUAGUACAGUCAGUCUUGUUCUGUUAAAGUAUGGGUCAUCUCUCCGCUAAGUUUGGCACAAAUCAUCUCAUUCAUGGUUGUGUAAUACUGAGGUCUAUUCUAGUAUUCUAGUUUUAAGUUUGCACAUGCUUUGCACAUGU